AUGGAAAGCUCUCAACUUCACUGCAAAGCAUUUACAAAACAGCAGACGCAACUUCACUGCAUGCAAAACUUACCAUGCCCGGAGAUCCAGAGGAGAAGGAGCACCCAGGGGAGCAUGGCUCGGCUCGGGUUGGGGGGGUGCCGUGCGUACAGUGAAGGAGGGAUGUAUGGGCGAAGGGGUGGAGUGGGCACAACCUCGGCAAAACAGUCGGCGAGUGUGUGCGGUGGAAGUUGGCAAGCUCGGGAUGGCACACAGUUGCGUCUCUGUGCCGCUCUUGGGGAGGAUGAGGAUGGAGCCAACGUCUUCAAGCUGAAAUGA